GGGGUGUCCCGCUAUAAAGUAAUGGAUAUCCUCGGGUUCUCCUCAUGGCAGGAAAACACUAUACAUCUCGCCCCAAGAAAAAUUUUAGAUUGUCAAUAGACCUAGACACCCUCAUCAUGCAUACCGAAGCUCCUGAGCUCCCUAAGUUAGUCCUCCGGGGCACCCCCAAAGAGAUUGGUCUCCAGCAUGGCUACCGUCUGCAGCAGCAAAUUAAGUCUCAAAUAGCCAUCUACGAAGAGAUGUUCGAGUACACCAGCAAAAUGGACUGGCCUACGGUCCUCCAGCUUGCGGAGGAAUUCCGAGCCUCCCUGGAGCGCAAAACGCCUAGUUUAUACGCCGAGCUACAGGGCAUAGCGGAAGGGGCAGGAGUAGGCAUCCUGGAUAUCGUAGCAUUGAACUGUCGGAGUGAAAUAUCGCUUGGGAACUUUUCAGAUGGAUGCACGAGUCUUUCGUGGAAAAAGAACGACAACGCGCGAAUUUUGGCACAGAACUGGGAUUGGACCAGCAGCAUUCAGAAGAAUCUAGCGUUGAUGGACAUUGAAAUAUCGGGAAAGCCGAGGAUCUGUAUGGUCGCCGAGGCAGGUAUCAUAGGAAAGAUUGGAUUCAAUAGUGCUGGCGUCGGAGUUGGCCUUAACGCUAUAAAAGCUCGACCUUGCAUUAGCUCCAAGGUCCCGAUUCAUGUUGCUCUCCGCUUAUGUUUAGAAAGCACAUCUGUUGAGAGCGCAAUACAGACUCUCUCAUCUCUGGGGGGUGUAGCUUCGAGCCAACAUAUCCUCAUCGCCGACAGCACGACAUCCCUUGGUUUGGAGCUCUCGCCCUUGGGAGACGUACACAUAAAGGAGGAUGAGUAUGGCGUGAUCACGCAUACCAAUCAUUUUAUCGAGAACAAGAAUGUGACGGAGCCCUCCUGGAUCAAGGGCUCACCGGCUCGCUUAGAGCGAGCUCAACAGCUCGUCCGCGAGUUGGUCAACAAUGGCAUUCAGGGCGACUCGAUCACACCCAGCUUACUCCGGGAGCAGGUUUUCUCCGAUACCUGCAAUGCGCCACAGUCCAUAUGUUCUCAGGAGGACCCGAGUACUCAUCACACAAGGCGCACUUCUACGUUGUUUAACAUUGUGAUGAAUCUGGACAAGCAGGACCUUGGGGCGGAAGUUGUUGUUGGUCAGCCGGGAUCUGGCAAGGAAAGUCCCGUAAUAAAGAUGCCUUGGAUGUGAAGAUGCUGUCGUGAGCCCUCGCUAUAUGCCUGUUGGUCUUUCAGCAUACAGCAUGGCAACAAGGAUUGCACGAUUGCUGCAAAGAACCUCACGCAUCUUAGCGGAUAGACGACCAAGUAUCUGCCACACUCUAAUGACAUUCUUUGUCUAUCUCAGACAAAGUGAAAUACUUGAGGUCGACCCGCUGGGACAAGGUCAUUGUCUGCACAUGUAUAUAAAGC